CCCAGAUGGUGGGGCUGGGAGGGGCUGUAGUCCAGCGUCUCGGGGCCAGGGAUCCUGCCUUUGCUUUUUCAAAAGGCGCUCUGCCCUCGAGGUGUCUUUCUUUAUCCAGGUGCCGGUUCAUUCCCGCUUACCUAUCCCGGGGCCUUGCCCACACCUUCAAACAGGACAGACUAUAAAUCUGGGUCUCAGGGAUCCCACAGGGUUCUCCCCAAAACUGAAAUCCUGAAGGCCUCAUCUCUAGGAGCAAAGAAAUCACCUUCCUCUUCCAGAUACCGUACUCGACCCCUGAUUCUCCACCACCCUAUAGCCUCUUUUAUGUUCAGGACUACGGGUCCAAGUGCCAUGGAAUACUGGAUUUCCAGGGCAGAAGGAGGAAAGCCCACUAGAGCCCUACGAGAGAGACAGAACGGGGAGCAGGCAGGCUAUCCUUGCCACGGAGGUGGGCACAGAACAGGGCUUCAAGGUGUGUGUGGUGUGUGUGUGUGAGAGAGAGAAAAGAUAAUGGAAGUACUUUCCCGGGGUGCUUGGGAUAGGACCUGUCUGGUGCAGGUCAGUGGUUAGAGGGUGUUGACCAGACUUGCGGGGAGGAGAGCAGCCUGGCUGCUCUAGAAGAGCGCCAACUUCCCACGGGCUGAGCGCUCUGGGGCAGCACAAGGCAGGACCCAACUGUAACCGCAGGAGCCUCACACUGAUUGCAGCCAUCGAGAACGCGUCGUCUUUAAGAGCUCCCCAAAACUCCGCCCCCUUCCCGUUCUGGGGGAGGGGUAUGGGGAAAGGACCCCUCCAUGGGGCUUUCUAUUGGCUAAGAGAAGCAGGGCUGGCUUUGCGAUCGCCUGAAAAGGGGAGUAGACAGCUCAGCGGCAGCCGAAGGAGUCUUCUGUGCGCUGGACUGCAGUGGGAGGUGUGUGAGGCUCGCACUGACCGCAGGCCUUCGGACACAAUCGCUGGAGGGCUAAGACUUGGCAACGGGGCUGCCGGGUUAUCCGGCUGAGGCUUCAGAGGCGUAAACUGAUGGACUGGCUCGAUCGGCAGCGACAGCGUCCUAUCCGCUCUUCUAAGAACACCGAGCGGAGCCCGCGCUGAAGUAGAAGCUAUCCAGGGGGUGGGGUGGAGGGCUCAGCCCAGAGUCCCAGUGUGGCCCGGAGGAACGGAGCCCGUGCCAGGGCGACCCAAUCGGGAGCCCAGGGACCGAGCUCGUGUUUCGGGGAGACCUCCACUUCUCAGGGGCGCCGUUCCCAGGACGGUCGAGGCAUUGGGGCGGCCACCGAGUCCUCAGCGGGGAUACCUCUUCGGGGAGAGGGCGCGCGGUCCGGAACAGUCUUGGGGAGCCGAGCGGAAUCGGGCGGGAUCACCCGGGGGCGCAGAGCCCCCGUCGUGCCUCGUGCGUCGGAAAGGCCAGGGGAGCGAGCCCUCGGAGGCCGCAGCCCGUACCCGUGUUGGGGGCGGUUGCCCAGUGAGUCCUCCUGGCCGGCCGGGCGGAGAAGAGCGACACCAAAGCCUGAAGGAGGGGAGCAUUUCAAGGCCGGUGGCUGCGGAGGAUGGGCGCCUGAGUGGCCCCGAGCGCUGCGCUGCACGGGAAGACCAGCAAAGCUUUGCUGAGGAGGCGCCAGGGCAUCCCGAAGUGCAGCCUGCCCCCGGGAAGAUGGCCCGGCUUGGGCAGCGUUGGCUUGGCAAAUGGCAUGUGGCGAUGGUCGUGUUGGCGGUGUGCCGGCUUGCCACGCCACUGGCCAAGAACCUGGAGCCCGUGUCCUGGAGCUCUCUCAACCCCAAGUUCCUGAGUGGGAAGGGCCUGGUGAUCUACCCGAAGAUUGGAGACAAGCUGGACAUCAUCUGCCCCCGAGCAGAAGCAGGGCGGCCCUACGAGUACUAUAAGCUAUACAUGGUGCGGCCUGAACAGGCAGCUGCCUGCAGCACCGUGCUCGACCCCAAUGUGCUGGUCACCUGCAACAAACCACAGCAGGAAAUCCGUUUCACCAUUAAGUUCCAGGAGUUCAGCCCCAACUACAUGGGCCUGGAGUUCAAGAAGUACCAUGAUUACUAUAUUACCUCUACAUCCAAUGGGAGCCUAGAGGGCCUAGAGAACCGGGAGGGAGGUGUGUGCCGUACGCGCACCAUGAAGAUCAUCAUGAAGGUUGGGCAAGAUCCCAAUGCUGUGAUGCCUGAGCAGCUGACCACCAGCUGGCCCAGCAAGGAGGCAGACAACACUGUCUUGAUGGCCACACAGGCUCCUCGUGGUCGGGGAUCCCUAGGGGACUCUGACGGCAAGCAUGAGAACCAGGAAGAGAAGAGUGGCACAGGUACAAGCGGUGGCAGCGGCAGUGGGGACCCUGACAGCUUCUUCAAUUCCAAGGUGGCAUUGUUUGCGGCUGUUGGUGCUGGCUGUGUCAUCUUUCUGCUCAUCAUCAUUUUCCUGACGGUUCUGCUACUAAAGCUGCGCAAGCGGCACCGCAAGCACACGCAGCAGCGGGCCGCUGCCCUUUCACUCAGUACGCUGGCCAGUCCCAAGGGGGGCAGUGGCACUGCGGGCACCGAGCCCAGCGAUAUCAUCAUCCCCUUACGGACUACAGAGAACAACUACUGCCCCCACUAUGAGAAGGUGAGUGGGGACUAUGGGCAUCCCGUCUACAUCGUCCAGGAGAUGCCACCCCAGAGCCCGGCGAACAUCUACUACAAGGUCUGAGUGCCCGGUGUGGCCUCAGGCCCUGGAGGACAGACGGCCUGGACCACACCUCUUCUUUCUCCCGCACACCCUCUCCCCUCGCCAGCUGUGCCCACCUUUGUAUUUAGUUUUGUAGUUUCUUGGCUUUUAUAAUCCCCAUUUUUUCGUGCUCCCUGGGUUUUGGAGGGGGGUUUUUGUGCCCCUAACCCCCAUGCUCUUGUGCCUUCCCCCUCUGGCCAGGCCUCUGGGCUCGGUGGGGGCACCCCUUCUUGGUGGGCAGGGUUGGAUGCUGAUGGACAGCAGGCAGGGAGAUGGCCUUCUGGCCCUGCCCCCACCCUUGUCCCUGUGCCCCCUUCCCAGGACUGCUUGUCCGCUAUCAUCACUGUUUUUAAUACUUUUGUGUUCAUUUUUUAGCUGUCAACUCAUUUUCAUCUGUUUUUUGAAGAAAAAUGUAAAAGGCAGCUCCUCUCCAGGCUUUCUGAGCCUGGCCCAGCCUGGAUAAGCAUAUAAGAGGGCCUGGGGCUGGGGCUGAGGCAGGGGCAGGAUGUGGCCAGCCCAGAAACAUAGAAUGGCAUUUAUUUUAUAGACUCCUCGGCAUUGGGCGGGGUGGGGGGGGGGAACGGGGCAGGCCAGGGCCGUUCUUGCCCAUGAGGGAAGUGGAGAGUGCCAUUUGGGCAAGGUGCCCCACCCUCCCCUCUUGAUCCUCCUUCUACAAAGCUAAUCCUGGCAGUGGGGUAGUAGCUGCCACACUUCCACCAAAAAAAAAAAAAAUCCCUUCCUUGUGGGAUUCUUGGGCAUCUCCUGCCUCCCUCACUCUCACGGUAAUUAACGUCUUAAUUGGCUGUUGCCUGGGGAACAGGAGAGCUGCUGCAGGGAGAUGACCUCAUGGGGGGCGGAGGGCAGUAAGCUGGGAGUACCCCCCCACCCCGCCCUGUUCUCUCCUUACCUUUGGUAUCCUUUAGCCUGAUGGGGAGGCAGAGGCCCAGGUGAAGACUUAAGUGGGUAUAAGGCCAGGUGGCCUCCUCCUUUUCUGGGCUCUGGCACAGGUGGGUGCCCACCAUCCACCCAGCUCCUAUUGGCAUCCCAAUCUUGGGCUGGGGCCUGGGAAGAGGAAGAGACUGCCAGGGGCUGGGCCAGCCCAUCGUGCACUUUGACCCCGGCUCCUUGCCAGCACGGCUGCUAACAGACUGACACUUGACUGUGCCUUGCAGGCACUCCCAGAUCGGCUGUGGAAGGAGCUGGGCCUUAUCCCAUCCACCUCCACAUGGCCUCUUGGCCCACUGCCCACCCCAGUGCCAGGUGGGAGAGGGAGCAGAACAGCCACCCCCUUCCAGGUGGCAGUCGGAAGGGUUUUUGUUUCUGUUGCCAUUUGUGUAAAUACUAGUCUUUUUGGAAAAAAUAAUGUAAAGAUGUUUUGUAUAAACUCUGAAUUAUUUUCUUGUUGCCUUUUUCUUAGAAAAAAAUGAGAACUAAAAAAAAAAAUUAACCACAUGGAGAAAUGGGUGCAAAAUGGUGUCAUGAUAUUGGGGAAUGGAAUGUAAGCAUAUGAGAGAGAGACAGAGUGUGAGCAUGAGAGAGAGAGUGUGUGUGUGUGUGUGAUUUCCUGUGCCCAAACCACUGGUGAUCUGGGUAGGUAUGGAAAGAGGGAGUGUCCUAAUGGAACUAGAUGUGCCCUGUGCCCCUCCUGCUGCCCCUCCACCCCAAGUUUCUCUGCUUUUUUGUUGUGCUGCCGUGGAACCUGGGACCAUUUCCCCCUGACAUACCUGUCAUCUUUGUGGCAAGUGCAGUGCUACGAUGUCCUGGGCAUUUCCUCAGUCUGGUACCAGGCUAAGCUAGAGAAGGUUGAUGGGGAGAGAGAGGUGGUGUUCCCAUGGGGAUCUGGGUGUGUCCACAGGUACUGCCCCAACCUGGCUGGGGCUAGAUCUGGGACCUGCUGGCAGGCCCAGCCCUGUCCUACUUCAGAACAUCCGGAGGUAGAUAGAAAUAACUUCCCAAAAGCUGGGCCUCUGCUGCCAGCCCCCUGGGCACCAGGACUGCUUUAGUUUGUCUCUCAGGCAAAAGAAUCUUCCUUCUCCUGUUUUUGGAGUUGGACUGCACUAGAGCCCAUCACCAUGGCAUACUUGGGGGCAUCUGGCUGGCAGUUGAAGCCCUCAAGCUACAGCAGCCCUGAGUACUCAGUCUCCCUCCCACAGGCUGAUGAGUAACUUGCUAGGGUCAGAGAGUGUGGUGAGAGCCCUAAGGAGGCUUUGGCCUCGGUCCCACAGCAAAGACUCAAGCAGGGUCUGGGACCUUCCUGUUCUAGCAUGGUGCAGCCUGCGGGCUUUUCGAGGGGACUCCCUGUGGAGAUGGCUAAGACAGAUAGACGUCAAGGGUGGAGGACAAGUGAGGUCCUGGCAGCUAAAAAUGGGUAAGAAGGCAAUAGAGGAAAGGAGGAAAAGGAAGGAAGGGGAGGGUUAGUUAGUGACCCAGAGCAGGAAGCUCCAGUGAACCAGCCAAGGGGCAGCCAUGGCUAGGAGGGAAGUAAGAAGUGCAUGAAGAAGGAAGGGGGAGAGAGCCAUGGGACCUGCAGGGUGGAGGAAAGGGAGGCUGGGCUAGAGCUGGGCUGGGCUGGGCUGGGGUGCUCUCGGAGCCAGCUGGGGCAGAGGCUGUUUAUUUGGUUUCUUAUUAACCAAAGGAAGUGCCUGGAUCAGAUGGGGCCUCUGCUGCUUGACUGCCUGCCCGGAAUGCCCCCCACCCCCUGCCGACCCCGUGGCCUGGGCCAGGGGUCUCUAACCAGGGCUGGUUCAGACCAGAUUGGUGUCUGUAGUUAAGGUGGAGCCUGACCUAGGCUGAGUGAGCCCUUACCACCCUUCUGAGUGUCCUUGAGAGGCUACCAGCUGCCCUCACCCUACCAGUGGAGAAUUGAUCUUCUAGGGGUUCCAUGAGGGUAGCUGUGGUAUCAUUAGGGUAGCUGUGGUAUCAUUAAGUAAAAUCUGAGGGAGAGAGAAGUAUGGAAAGGAAAGUAGUAAGAAAAGCAUGGGACAGUCUCCCUGACAGCCCAGCAAGCUUGUGACUGGCUGUUCCUACUUGCCCUGGCAUGGGCGUAGUGACUGGGGCUGGUUUGAGCUCACUGCUGACUCUGCUGACCACACAGUGGUGCUUAGUAUCCCUUGUGGCAUGGUGUCCCUCACUUGGACAGUGUCUACCAGUUUUUUCAAACAUUUACACAUUUCUUUCAUUGAACCUCAUAAACUGCCUUGUGAGGCUGGUAGGUAUGGAAUUCGUUGCCUCGUAUUUGAGAUGAGUAAACUGAGACCCUACAGGGGACAGUAACUUGUCUAAAGGCACACAUCAAGUGAGUGGGAACACUAGGAUUCAAGCCCAGGCCUUUUAUUACACCAUGGGAAAAUAAGUGAAGUUCCCUGAGAGUGAGGGGGUAUGACUCCCAUUCUCCCUUCUCCCCCACCCUUUUCCUCUGUCUAAGGUGAGACUGAGCAAGCAUGCUUUCUUGGAAAUCUUGAAGAAUAGAAGCCCUCUCCUGACCUUUUCUCUUCUUCUCUCUCUGGGUUGAGGGCGGGGGAGGGGAGGACCAAGAUUAGCUAGCCAGAAGCAGGAGGUGGGAGCCUCCAGCAGGUAGGGCCCUAGUCCUGCCCCACCCUCGACUGUGUGUCCUUCCUGUCCCAGCUGGGCCCAAGUGCCUGGUGAGUCAGGGAUAGAGGAUGCUUCCCAGGUGAGGGUGGGGCAGCCUGGCUUCCUCCACAGGCUGAGCCCAGUUCUCCAGAGUGAAGCCAAACUGAGCAGGUGCUAACCAGGCCUUAGUUUCUCUGAAGAACAGACUUGUGGAACUGCAAGGGCAGGGAGGGCUCUUGUGACAUUACUGUGCUGGUCAUUUUGUCUCUGAGGCACCAGCGACAUGGAUGGCCUGACAUGCUCUAGGCAAGGGCAUGAAAAUGGGCCACAGACCCAAGGAGAGGCCCAGGCCCGACCAGAGCCAUCCUAGGUUGGGCCCUGCUGAGCAUGUGUCCCUUUGGCCACCUGUUGUCAAUAACUCUUGGAAAUCCAGCCCACCCACCUGCCUGCCCUCCUGCCCUUCCCGGUACAUCACAGUCCCACUAACACCCCAGCUGAGUCAGCCCCAUCAUGCCUGGGGACCCUCCUUUUGCCCAUUUGCUGUUGGCCUCCUGCACAGCUGGCUACCGGAUCUGGGGAGCGGGGGCCCCAGCUGGUGUUUGUUAGGUUGGCUCCUGCUUUGGGAGGCUGCUGAGGGGGAACUCAGCCCCCACCCAGGACAUGGGUCAUGAAGCCCAAACUGAAAGCAAUUUAAGGACAUGGGGGAGACAGUAAUUGUAGGUUCUGUUUCCAAUGGUUAAUUAUCCAGCUGGCAAAGAGAAAGGAACAUGGGAAAACUGGGGGUAGGGGGAUUAAGGAAUGUGUGAAGGGGUAAGAGAGGGUAGAAGGAGUCUGCCACAGGACUCUUUGUACAAGCUAGGGCCUCAUGCUGAGAGGCUUGCAAACUGAGGGCCUGCCUCAGCCAUGCCAUGACUCCCUUUUUGACCAGGGGCAGGCAGGUCCCUUGCCUCUUUGGAACUCAAUUUCCCUGUAUAGGGUAAUGAAAGCAUGGGGCUAGAUUUGUUUGUUCAGAAACGAUUGAGAGUCUCCUAUGUGCCAGUCAGUGGUCUGGGCACUGGAGUACAGUGGUGAAUAGGAUAGAUAAGGUCCCUGCUCCAGGGUGCUGACCUUCUAGAAGGGUACCUUCUAGAGGGUAUCUUCUAGAAGGGUCUUUAAGCACUUGGUUAGCACUUGACUGUGCUUGUGUGUUGACUGAAUCAUGGGGAUGUGAGAGCCAGGAUCAAGGAUACUCAGAUUAAGAACUUGGGUUCUGAAGUUGGUCUUUUAUUCAUUCAUUCAUCUAUCCAUCCAUUUUUUUCUCAACAGUGAUUGUGAGGUGUAGAGGGAUAGUUUGGCUCCGGGGCAGGGUUUCCUGGGCCUUUUUCUGCUUAGAAGUGGACCCCAAGCCCUGGCUGUUCCCACCAUCACCAGCCAAAGCUGGCCUUUUGCAAAGUUCAUAAAUACCCUCAUAAGACCUUGCCCUGGAGUUCUAAUCCCAGCCUACUGCCUUUAUCCUCCAUCCCAGGUAUUUGGGCCAGGAGCCGGGCAAAAUGUACCCAAGAUAAACACUUCCCAAAUCCUGUAGGCAGAAGCUGCCCAAACUAAAAGAGGUAUCCUCAGCCCUUGCCUACACCUGCGGCCCAAUGGCCAGCCUCUCACAGCCCCUCUAGAGACAGGGGAUGAAGAGCUAGCUCCUGGGAGAGGAGCUUCUCUUUUUCUCUGGGCUGGCCCCUAAGGAGAGACUCCAUGUGGAUCCUUUGGUUCCUAUAACCACAGGAAACUAAGUGAGAUCCUAGACUCCACCCUUGCCCAGGAGACUUCACACUGGAUGGAUUCCACUGGGUAGAGCCCUAUGCUGCCCAUGCUCUCAGAGGGACUGGCUGUUCAGGUGGGAUCUGAGAAGCUGGAGGCAUGGGAAUGGUAGAUCUAGGACUUUUCUGAGAGCUCCUUUACAGCUUUAUGGGAAAACAGGCCCAGAGACUGGUGGGACUUACCAAGGGCACACAGGAAAUGCUGGCAGGGCCAGACCUAGAACCCAGCUUUCUUGCCUCAUAAGUUAGAGCUGCUUGCCCUUCUGCACACUGUUGCUUUCUUCUCCCGGAAUCUCCUGGAGUGUGUGUGUGAGUGAACCAAACAAACCUAUAUAUACACAGUAUUUAUAUUGACAAACUUCGUAAGUUUACACAAGGCAGUUACCAAAAUGACACAUUACAGCCCUGAGGAAAAUGUGAUCCCGUGAGGUUUAGGCCUGGUGGCGAGCAGCCCUCAAAAAUGCACUGACAGUUUGUCCCCCUUCCCGGGGGCUCUUCUGUGGCACCUCACACAGCUGCAUAAUCCCUCAGUGGCACAACUACUUGGAGGCAUCCGUAGGGGCCAGACCUGUUAGUUUAUGGCCCAGACCCAGACUUGGGCAUUUCAAGGCUGGUUGGAGCCUUAAAGGUCAUGCGCUUUCCCCCUUCCUUCGGAGAUGUGAGUGGCAGGCCAGCCUCCCUGUGCACACCUCCGGGACUGUCCUCCCUCCCUCCCCCACCCAGACAGCCUGGCCCUUUCAGGCUAGCCUGUCAGUUAGCUAUCCUAGCCCUAUCUUCAGCCCCCCUGCACACACUAAUAGCCAUGGCAGUAACAUGCUUUCACAUGCAAAUUGCUAUGGAAUUCUCAGCCCCUGCUGGUGCCCCAGCCCCCAAGGCCUCCCCCUGGGUGGAUUCAGAGAAGAGAAUGGAAUCUUUCAAGCUGUUAGGGCGUUUAGAGACUUUCUAGUCCAGCCCCCUUGUUGGAUGGAUGGGAAAACUGAGGCCCAGAGGGGGGAAGAAGUGACUGCCCACAUUCACGCAGAGAGUUUGCUAGCACUGGCCUUCCCAGGUCUUCUGACUUCCAGCCCAUUGCAUCUUCAAACCACCACACAGCCUCCCAACACCCCCGCUCCCCCAACACACACACUGGUUGUUUACUAUGGACUCUGGAAUCCCUCCGUCUGGCACUGACUCUGAUCCCAGGCACCCUUUGGUCGGGCCUGGGACUGUGAAAUCCAGAGAUGAAAAAGCUAGAGGUGUCCAUGACUUAAGGGGAAUUGCCCAGGGAAGGGAGCCGUUCUCUUUUGAAACAAGCAACAGGCAGAAUUUGUUCACUUCUCUGUCUGCUCCUGCAUCCCUGUAUCCCCUGAUCCUGGCCAAGCUGUUCUCUCCACCCUGCUGGCCUGACAUGCCCCACCAAGCCUUCUCCUGAGCCACCAGCAGAGCCCAGGAGGCACAGGGAAGCCUGGUCCCAGCUGGGGUAUGGAAAAAUCUCCUUUCCCUUCAGUUUAGCUGAAACAAGAUUGGAAUUUACAAGGAAAUGAAAAUAAACACCAAAGGGAAAAAAGAGGCAACUUUACAGAGCACAGGUGUCUGCUCCCAGCUAAGCCAAGAUCUUGCCACAGAUGGGCCCCAUGCUAGGGACUUCAGGAUUAUCUUUGAAUCAGUCCUGCCUAUGAAACAGUGUUUGACUCUGCCCAUUUCUGACUUCCUAUAGCCACCACCCUGCUUCAAGCCACUGCCAUCAUCUCUUGCCUGGACGAUGACAAUAGCCUCCUAACUGACCUUCUUGCUUCCAUCCUGACCCCCAUCCCUUUGCAAAACAGCAGCCAGGGUGAUCUUUCCAAAGCUCAACCCUGAUCUUGUCAAUCCUGUUUACCUUUCAAAUCUGUCAAUAGUUCAAUUCUUCAGCAUGGCUUUCAAAGCCCUGCGUGAUCUGACCCCUGUCCAUCUUUUUAUCCCCCUCCCCCCAUACAUUACACCCCAACAACGCAAACUUACUCACUGGUGCCUGACCAGGACAUGUACCUUGAAGCCUCUGUGCCUUUCCAUAUGCGCCUCCUUCAGACAGAAAUCCUGGCCCCUCGCCACUGGCCUGGCAAACUCCUACUGACCCUUGAUGGACGCUUCCGGCUGCCAACCCAGGCCAAGCUGGUUCUCCCUUCUUAGCUCCCACAGUGCUUCUGUUUCCACUCUGUGUAUUUGUGUCUGUUUACCCCACUAGAUUGUGAGCUUCUGGAGGGCAGGGUCCAUGUCUAAUUCAUCUCUGUGUCUCACCCGACACAGAGCUUAGCAUAGAGGUAAUAUCAAUAAAUCUUUGAAAUGUGUGUCAACUUGAACGGACUUGGCUGAAACAACCAUCACAGGGCUCUGUUCCUGCCCUUCAUCUGCUCACAUUACUGUUCGACCAAUCUGAAGAGUCAAUGUCUUAUUAUACUACUCUAUAAUAAAAACUAACACUUAUUGAGCACUUAUUAUAGGUCAGGUACCAUGCUUGAUAUUUCACAUGCGUUACUUUAUUGACACCUAAUGUCUCAAUGAUGUCUCACGUAGGAGCUUAUCUGAGGUAGGACUAUGAUUACCCCUGUUUUUACAGAUGAGGAAACUGAGGCUCAGAGAGUGAAAGUACCUUGCCCAUGGGCUGGCAGUUAAGAAGUUGUAGAGAAAGUAUUUGAACCCAAGAAGCCCAAAUUCAGAGUCCAAAUGCUUAGAUGCUUUGCCAUGCUUGUCCGGGGAAAUGGUGGUGCCAACGUGGGGAGACAAGGAGGCUGGCCCCUUCAGCCUGCACCCUUGAUGUCAGACAUGUGGCUUGAGAGGCAGUCUAGAAUGGUCGUUAAGAGCCCAGACUCUGGAGUCAGGCUACCAGGGUUCAAAUCCCAACUUUACCACUUUCUAGCUAUGGAUUCUCAAGCAAAUUACUUAAACCCCUCUGUGCCUCUGUUUUCAUAUCCGUAAAAUGGGUAGCAGCCACCUCAUGAGGAUUAAGUGAAAAAACACAUGUCAAGCCUGGUCCUGGCAAUUGCUCAGGAAAUGUCACUUACUACUGCUUAAUAGUCCUGAGGCAACCUUUGGUUCCCGUCACCUAGCCUCAGGCAGCCCAAGUCCGCUCCUGGCUGGUCUCUGCUUGGCCACUUGAAUUGAGAGGCUCAGCAGCCAGAGGAUCCCCAGCCCCAGCCUCUACCUUGGACUAGGUCCCUAUGGCCCUAAUGAUGGUCCAGUGGGUGGUGAGCUGCAAACUUCUCCAGGAUGCUGCCCUCAGGGCUUGACUGGCCUGAGCUUGGCUCCUGAAGGCCCAAGAGGAGGAAUGUCCAUAAAGUUGUGCCACCUACAGGAGCUUGAAGCCAGAGUGGAGAGACCUGCAUUAGAGGCCUGACUCUACCACUAAUACUUGCAAAACUCUCCUCUUGAGGCCUGAAUUUCUUCUUCAUCUGUUCAAUGUUCAUGGAAUGAUGCAAGCAAAACUUUUGUAAAAAAUAACAAAGUGUACUUCGAUGUAAGAAGCCCCCAUUUUCCAUUAGAAUGUGUGCUCCUUCAGGGUAAUGAACCUCCUAGCACUCAAUAAAGAGCUGACGAGUGAAUGAAUAAGUGACUAUCCGCUCCCCCACCCUCACCCCCACCCCUGCCAGAUUCUGUGUAUCCCUUCCCAUCCAGCCUCCAGCAGUCAGAAAGCCAAUUCCAAAGUAGGGGCAUUGACUCUGAUAGUGGGAUGGAAUGUUUCUGGGAAGUCCAGAAGGACAUGUUGCCAUGUUCAGGAGAAGGUCAUUCAUGAAAACCUGGAGCCAGAGAUUACUUUGUUCCCUGCCUCAGUAGGAUCACCAGACCUUCGAGGUCCCAUCUGAAAGAAGGAAGCUACACUCGAUGAUUUCUUUCUGCACCCUAUUAUGCUGGUGAAGUUUCAACUGGUACAGCCUUUCUGGAUGCCAGUUAGAUAAUAAUAUGCAUUAAAGCCUUGUUCAGACCCUCUGACCUAGUGAUUAUCAUGUGGACCAAGGCCCUGGGGAAGGGAUUUUCAUAAUAAAUUUAUGUAUUUGUAGUGUUUUUAUAACAUAAAAAAAUUGGAGACCGCCCAAAAGCCCCCUCUCUGGAAAGUUUUUAUAAUGCAUACACACAUGCUCUUUCAGCAACCAUGAAGAUUUUUCUGUAUAGCAUGUAUUAACUGUCCUCUCCUUUGAAAAACCUGCCCAGUUCCCCUUGUGAGCACUGCACUCUACUCUAGCACAUUGGAUUGCAACUACUGGGUUCUUCACUUCUCAGUAACUUGGUUUCCUCAUCUGUAAAAUGGGGACUCUGAUACUACACGUGGCACUGGAUUUUUGAAAUAACAUAUAUAAAACCCUUAGUACAGUGCCUGGCAUGUUGUAAACACAGAACCAAUUUUAUGAUUACAAUUACUAUCUCAUCGUGAGAUAGCUAUCUCCAUGUCUGCCUCUGCUAUCACACCACAAUCUCUUUAAGAGUGGAACUAUGGUGCACUUUUUUUCCUCUUCAAAUCUCCAGAGCCUAGUACAGAGCUUGGCACAUAGUGGGUGCUGAGUGAGUUUAGUAAAAGAAUAAAUUUGUUCCAAUACUUUCAACACAGAGGAGGCACCUGAGGCCUAGGUAAGGACAAGAUAAGAGUUGGGACCAGAACUCAGAUCUUCUAUCCUCAAAUUGUGGUCCCCUGGGGCAUCGGGAAGGAGCCCUGAUGGCGCAGUGGUCAAGCACCUGUCUGUUAACCGAAAGAUCAGCAGUUCCAACUCACCAGCCUUUCUGGGAGUCUGCUCCCGUAAAGAUUACAGCCUUGGAAACUCUAUGGGGUAGUUCUACUCUGUCCUGUAGGGUCAGUGGGUUUGGUUUUUUGGCUUUGCAGGCACUGGGGGUGAGGGUGGAAAUUGGGGGCAAUCUUCUGGAUUCCUUGAGCAAGGCUGCCUAGGCCCCUUCUGUGCCUUGGGUCUGGAACCCUGUGAUCAGAUGGGCUCUGGGACUGGCGGCAGUUGUGCUGACCUCCCUUCCCCUUUCUUGCCUUCAUUCCCUCCAUCUCAGACUCUGGUCUGGCCCAGCCAAACAGGAAGAUUCAUUAACUGUCUAAAUAUACUGAGCCCAGGGGCCAUGUGCACCCUGCAACAGAGCUGGGGUCCCAGCAGGGCCAGAGCCUGAGGCAGUGUUAGCUGUGGAGGGCUGGCUGGGAGGGGGACCUGGUGAGGGGAAGCCCAAGGAACAGCCAGUAGGAUGAUUGAUGGGAGGGUGAAUGAAGCUAGGCCAGCCCCAGGCCCUCUGAACCCCCAGCCUCUAGUCCCUCUUAGCCACCAAUCCCUGUACCUCCGAAGUCCAACUUUGAUCCCCACACUUAUGGCUUCAGCCGCCUCUCCCCUCUCCCCACUCCACAGUCCCUCAGUCUGGGUCCCUGAGCUUUAAUACCAAGCCUAA